UUUACUGAUCCGUGUUGUACAAAAAAUGUGACGUCCUGUUGAGCAUUACCAACUAACGAAGUUGUUUAGUGGUUUAAUAUUUCUGAUGGAGGAGGAAUUAGAAGGUUUUUACGUGAAUGCAAGACAACAUGUGAGACCCAGAAGAUAUCAGCGGCGAUUCAAAAAGGCUCGAUUAGCCCAAGGAGAUGACCAACCAAGUGACUUGGGUUCAAAAGAAAGCUCAUCAAAGGAGGUUUUUUCUGUACAGGAAGAUCAGGUGACACAUCAUGUUGAUACUUCGGAUGUCUAUAUGGAUGAUGUACAUCAAGAAGAAAGAUUUGAUCAUAUGGAUCCUGUCAACAUCUUUGAAGAUGAAAAGACAAAUGGAACACUUAGAGAAAAUGAAGAAAGAAAUGGGGCACUUAAAGAAAAUGAUGAAGGAAAUUGUGCAGAAUAUCAAACAGAUGGACUCAGAGAAUCUUCUUUAGAAUGCAGUCAGGAAAAUGAUUUGAUACAUUUCAUUAAGCAUCAGGAAAGCACACUCCUUGACACUUUGUUGGGAGAAUUAGACUUCAAUCAGUACAAUGAUCUUAGGAAAGAAGACGAUAUUGAAGAAGAAGAAGAAGUUACAUCGGACACAGAAAAAAGAGAAGACGCAUACGAUACUCCAGUUCAACCUGGUCAUUGGCUUACAUUAAGAACAAGUGUACUCCUUAUUUGGAUAUUUGCAAUGACUCAUUCCUUGACCUCUUCUCAAUUAUGUGAUCUUCUGACUCUGAUAAAUUUACAUCUUCUACCAUCAAACCCUGCUUUUGAAAGUUUAUAUAGAUUCAAAACAUUUUUUUCAAAUUUGGAAAUGCCGGCCAAAAAGCAUUUUUAUUGUGCAAAUUGCUACACAGCAGUUGAUAAGGUACAACAUUUUUGUCCAAAUCCUGUAUGCAACAGAGAUCUAAGGAUUUCAAGUGGUAAAGAGUACUUUUUAGAACUGGAUAUAAUUUCUCAACUCAAAAAUUUCUAUUCAAGACAAGAAUUUGAAGAGGGUUUGAAACAUAGAUUUUCCAGGAACAAAGAGAAGAAAGAAAACAUUGAAGAUAUAUAUGAUAGUCAGCAGUACAAAGAUUUGUCUAAAAAUGAUGGCCCGCUAAGUAAACCAUAUAACUUAAGUUUUGUUUUCAACACUGACGGUGUGCCGAUUUUUAAAAGUUCGAAAACUUCAUUAUGGCCAAUCUUCUUGCUAAUUAAUGAAUUGCCAUACAAAAUGCGAAAAAGCAGAAAGUACAUGAUAUUAGCAGGAUUGUGGUGUGGCUCUGCUAAGCCAUCAAUGAACAUAUUCCUUGAUCCAAUGUGUAAAACUUUCAAUGAUUUAGAAAAGGGUGUUGAAGUAACAACAUUUAGUAAAGCAACUGUACUUGUUCAAGGAUUUCUGCUUGCCAUUUCUUGUGAUUUACCUGCAAGAAGCACUGUUUUGAACAUCAACCAACACAAUGGAGAGGGAUGUUGUAUAAAAUGCUUACAAAUGGGAAAAAAUCACCGUACAGAGACCGGCGGGAACAUAAGAGUAUUUGAUUAUAAAAAAGAUGAUCCUAAAGGACCUCUUCGAACCCAUGAAUCCAUCAUAAAGGAUGCUGAGAAAGUUACAAAUCUGAAAUCUACUUCACACAUCAAUGGAAUCAAGGGACCAUCAAUUAUUCUGUUUUGUCCAUUUGUUGAUGGAGUAAAAAGUGUUGCUAUUGAUUACAUGCACCUUGUGUGUCUCGGUACAGUUAGACUUUUAUUGAAAUUAUGGUUCAACUUGGCCCAUAGUUUGAACAAUUUUUCUCUCUACCGCUAUACAGAAAUUGUUGAUAUGAGAUUAGAGGACAUCAAACCACCACACAUAAUAUCACGGAAACCACGAUCAAUUAGUGAGCACUUAAAAUUUUGGAAAGCUUCUGAACUCCGCACUUGGCUUUUCUAUUACUCAAUACCAUGUAUAGCAGAUCUUCUACCACCAGUGUUUCUAUACCACUAUUGCACAUUUGUUGAGGGUAUUUCUUUACUUUGCAGAUCAAGCAUAAGUGCCUCUGAUUUAGAGAAAAGUGAAGAACUCCUAAGAUAUUUUGUAUUUAUGUUUUCUUCUCUAUAUGCAGAGAAAUACUUGACCAUUAACAUACAUUCAUUGCUCCACCUACCCCAAACAGUGCGUGAACUUGGGCCCUUGUGGGCAUUCUCUUGCUUUUCUUUUGAAGAUGCUAAUGGAGAAUUAUUGCAAUUAUUUCACGGAACUCAGAAUAUUGAUUUACAAAUUGUGAAUGCAGUACACGUGUUUCAGAUGCUUCCACUGAUGUCGCAGUCGAUUUCAAAUACAUCAAUUGCUUCUGACUUUGUCAAAAAACUUUCGAAAAUUCAAGAGAGUGCUGAUGUGUCACAAUUUCGUUUACUUGGGAGAUCAUUUCAGAAGGAACUUUCAGAAGAGCUAAGAUUGUGCAUUAUCAAGUUAGCAAACAACGUAGAGUUUCAUAUUAAUUUCCAUAGUAGGGCAGUGGUCAGGGGAGUUAUCUAUCACAGUUUAGACUAUAAAAGAGUUUCUAAGCGUAAUUCUUAUACUGUUCGAUAUUUUCAUGAGAAAAAACCAUGUUAUGGUUUUGUAAAAUGGUUUGGGGAAGUUGAUUCCAGGCAAAUAUUCUGUGUCAAUGAACUUUUGCCAAAGAGUAUUACUUUAUUUAAUAUGCAUCAUGAAAACAUUACUCCUGAUGAAUUUGUAUUGAAAAAUUUUCUUGGUGUUGAAAUCCCCCAUGUUCAUUUUUUUCAAAAAUCUGAAAAUGAAACCAUUUUACCUCUGAGAAACAUCUUAGAACUCUGUAUUUGUGUAGAAAUGGGGGAUGUCAUCGUUGUUUGUGACGAGCCUAAUCAUCAUGAGAGAAAUUUGUAGGCUUUAAGAUUCUUUGUCUUUAAUUCUGAUUAAAACACAACAGUGCAGUAACUUUUGAACAUUGUACAUGUAUUGUCAUAUGAAUAAGAGCUAGUAUAGAUUUACCUGGUAGCUAGUCUAUUUACCGGGUUUACAAAGGAGAUGAAAUAUAUGCAUGCUUUUUUCUUUGUAUACACAGUAUAAUUGUUAAGAGAGCUUUCAGCCAGUGUAUAUAUUACCCCGUCUGUAAAAGUUACAUAUUUAAAGGGAAUAAAAUAACUUCUGACUUAUUUUGAAUUUUUU